CUGAAUUCAGUCCCGACCGUUAUCGAGCAAGCAAGCAAGCAAGCAAAGAAGGCAACAACACAACACCAUGGACGCGCAGGAGUUCCGGCGGCUGGUGCAGCAGCGGCUGGAGCACGCAGGUAUCGCAGGGCGGGUGCGCACUGGCCUCAAGGCAGAGGUCAUUCGCACGCUGGGGCGGGAGCAACAACAACAUACUCGGCCCCAACAGCAACACAGCAGACAACAGAGUGGACAACAACCAACGCCAGCACAGGCAGCAUCGCUCCGACUGCCCUCACCAGACCAGCCACCGCCUGCAGACGUGUGCGGGCUGCACCGCUUGGUGCUCGAUCACCUGGAGGCGUGUGGGUUUGACUACAGCAGGGCCAUCUUUGCUUCUGAGCUGGCAGACUCGAGGGCCGUCGACCGCGCCUCUGCGGGGCAGCUCACCCUUGGUCAUCUGCAGCAGGCUUGCUCUGUCGACUACCUCUCCCCACAUGCAGAGAGGUUGCUGACCAGUGUCCUGGUGGGCGAUGGCACAGCAGACGAUGUGGUGGUGCCAAGCGCCAGCACGUUGCUUCGCCUCGUGCACGCGCUUGCGCAGCCGCUGCGGACACAGCGCCAUGCCAUAGCAACGCAGACGUCAAGCGAGGACUGGGCGCAGUCUGGGCUGGAAGCCCGGCUCGCGGAGCUGGACAGCCGCUACAGCGCAGCACACUCGCGCCACCAGGCGGGUGCCCAAAGCUCAGUGGAGGAGCGGCUGCAGGCCAUCGAGCGAGAGGCAAUGAAGCGUGCAGAGGCACACGUGGCCUCAAAACUGGAGCAUUUCAAACAGAGCGAGCUGGCGCGCGUGAAGGCACAGGCCCGCAUCGAGCUUAAGGCACAGUAUGACGAGAAAGUGGCUGAAAUGGAGGCUGGAUACGAGGAGCGUCUUUCACAGCUGGCCAAACGCGAGCACGACCUCGAUGGCGCCUAUCAUCGACGUCUCCAGGAGAUUGAGCGCACGCUGUAUGAAGAACGACAGCACAUCCAAGCGCGCGCACGCGAUUUGGCUGCAAGGGAGGCGGAGUUGCAGCGGGAAGCACACCACACAGCGAGGGCGGCGCGACUGCAUGAGGACGCAGCGACACACACGGAGGACGCGAUUCGCGCGAAGGAGAAGACGAUGGCAGAGAUGGAGGAGCAGUACCAGCGGAAACUGCAGACGGAAAUCGCCGCCAUGAAGGAUGAGUUGCGCGCGCAGUUGGCGGACCGCGAGUCCGAAUUGCGUCAGCGCGAGCACGUGCUCGAAGAGCAGCAGGCGACGGUGUCCAGACAACAACUGCUGACUCAGCACUUGCAGGAGGAGAAGCGGGAUCUCACGGACGAGGCGCGGCGGCUCAAGGCGGAAGUGACGGAAUUGCAGCAGAAGAACACGCGCAUGCAGAUCAACCUUGCUGAACUCAACGCUGUUGCAUACAAGAUUGACGGCUUUGACGCACUGCAAUCACAGCUGGCAGAGUGGAAGGAUCAAAAUGCGCAGCUGCGGGCGGACCACGAGCGUGACAUCGAGAGGAAGGAUUCGCUCAUUGCGGAUCUGCAGGCCAGAAUGAAGCGUUUCGAAGGACCGUCCCGUGGGGAGCGGGAAUGGCGCGCGCGUGCACAUGAACUGCAACAGCGGAAUGAACAGCUCGCCCGCAUGGUGGAAUACGAGCGGCAGAUUGCAGCUCAAUCGCAGUCGCUUGUGGCGGAGCAGAAGCAGCAGCUGACGUCCUUGCAUCAGCAGCUGCUCCAUCGCGAUGUGGACAGUUGGUCCACUCCUCCAAUCACGCGCGUCCCAAUACAGCCUUCAACUGCUGGAGGCGGAACCCAGCGUGCAUGGAGCAUGCCGAGCAACGUCGUUGAUGCCAGCCGCUACCGUGACCGCCGCCUGCGAUAUUCACCCGAUGCAUUGGCUGGUGACGCGCAUACGCGCAGCGACAGCACACGCCAGCGUACCAACAUUACCGUGGGUGCUGCUGGUGCUGCCGGUGAUGUUGAUGAUGAUGAUGAUGAUGAUGAUGAUGAUGAUGACGUGCAUGUUGCGACACUUGAUUUGUCGCGUCGUGUGGCUGUGAUGAAGGAGGCGGACCUGUCACUGCACAGCCGAAGAGGAGCGGCGCUACCGGAACACAGACGCCAUCACCAGCAGCCGGCACCUCAGCAGCGACAACAGCGACAGGAACCACAGCAGCAGCAACGACAGCGAGGGCGACACGACGUGAGUGUUGAUUCAUUUCGUGAUCUCGGUCGUCAUUGGCAGCAGCGGGACGAGAGCAGCAUCCAGCAGUUGUACCCACACCAACUUGGAGGCAGUCGUGAUGGUGGUGGUCGUGAUGAUGGCGGUCGAAGGGGGAGGGAGCGCGCAUCUGGACGGUAUGAGCAUGGAUUUUGUGGCGCAGACAAGGCAGCAAGAACACGUCCACAACGAAGAGGCGAAGAUCACGUGGACAGGAUUGAAGUGAAGCGGGCGUAUGGUGGCCGUGAUGUCCGUCGCGGUGCUGGUGUUGAUCCUGGUGUUGGUUUCGGCGAUGGUGGUGUUGGGAACGAGGGGAUGCUUGGCGGUGCUGGUGAUGGUGGUGUCGAUGGUGUUGGUGAUGGUGUUGGCCUGAUGUCGACACCAGCUGCUGCGCGCGAUGGAUGGAGAGCGGCGGGUGCGCGCAGUGACGACGAGUGGGGUGUGCUGGGCCGAGCAAGCGGUGAAAGCAGUGAUCGUUGGAGGAGUGGGGUAGAUGGGGCUGCGAGUUCGCUGGUGACACAGGAGAGGAAGGUACACAUGGGAAGGGAUGAAGGGGCUACCAGACAUGAGGAAGAAAAACAACUGCAACGAACCAAGCAGCAGCAGCAAGAGCAGCAACCGAGUGUGCAUCACCAGCGGCAGCCACAGCAGGAAGAACAGCAACAGCGACAACAACAGCGGCCAGAGUCACUCGCGUCCAACACACCGCCUGUGAGCAGAGGGCGUGUGAAGCCAUGGGAAGAGCCCUCGUCAUCAACGCCGGCACAGGCAGCGCCAGUGUCCCCACUGUCCUUGUUUGGUUCGUCCAUGACUCAGCCACGGCCUGCCACCCUGUUCCCCAAACCGCCCGCGUAUGAUGAGGGCGGCGUGUCUGGUGAAAGCGGUCGCACAGGGGAUGGGGAACAGCAGCAGCAGCAGCAGCAGCAGCAGCAGCAGCAGCAGCAGCAGCAGCAGCAGCAGCAGCCGUCGUCGUCGUGGUUGCAGACUGGCGGUUUGCGCCGGGAAAUUCAAACAGCAACGACGACGACGACGACGACAAUGCCAGCAGCACCAGCAGCAGUUGUGACGACACUGCAACCAGCGCUCAGGGGUAGCGGUAGCAGUGAUCCUGGUUGUCCUGGUGGUCGUGGUGGUCGUGGUGAGGGUGCCACCUUAACCACCACGCCCCACUUCAGUGAUGUGGUUGAUGGGCGUGAUGGUGAUGGUGAUGACGACGAUGGCAAUGCAUCUGUGUCGAGCAGUGUGAGUGCUGACAUUGAGCGGCGGUUUUCGAAGGUGUUUGAGGCACGUGGACACGAGCCAGCAGGAGCACGCACAUGGGGUGACGAGAUGGGAUUGGAGAAGGAUGAGGAAGAGAAGGAAGAGGGUGAGGGGAAGCAGCAGGAAGCAGAGAAGGAGGUGGCGGCGCCCGUGGACAUGGUGGAGGGUGAGGGGAGUGAUAGCAGUGUAGUGAAGAAGGAAGCGGAAGCUAUGGGCUUGAAUGAUGACAGCUUGAUGGCGGGGAUAGAAGCACACGAGCCGAAAGCGGAGAGAAAUGAGCCAGAAGAAGGUGAAGAAGGUGUUGAAGAAGAAAUCGCUGUGCACCUUGAUGUGCGUGAUGAUGAUGAUGAUGAGGAGGAGGUGCACAAGGUGGACCCUGAAGUGGGCGGGUUGGUGGGAGACAUCACCCAACCACGGCAACAGCAAGAGCACCAGCAGCAGGAGCAGCAAGCACAACAACAGCAACUGUCUCGGCCUCGCAAGUCUGCGCUGGAGCGACUCCGAGAGAUGGAGGAGGAAGAAAAAAUGCAGGCAGUGAAGCAGCAGCAGGAAGAAAUGCAACAGCUUGAGGCAGCAGUCACACCAUCCCCAUCGUCAGCCGCUGACAGUGGCGAUGAAGAGGGGGAUGGUACCGUCACACCAACACCACACGCCAAUGACCACUACGAGGAUGAGGGCUCAAACACGCCCGAGCCUUCAUCACACUACAGCAGCAUCUUGAGCGACGAGCCAGUUGAUGAUGUGAAGGAGGCGGAAGCCGGCGCACCAAACUUGGAUGAUGCGAUGGACGAUGUGAUGCGCAUGUACAUGGCGCGCGUGGCGCAGGCCCGAGAGCAGGCUGGCGCGAGCUCAGACCAGCAGCAGAUGAACAGCCAACAGCAGCAGCAAGGGCUGCAAGUGGCAGGGCAUGGCUCCUUGCAGGGCGCUAAAGCCGUGGGUGGCGAUGAAGGAGAGCAUGUGGAGGAGGAGGACGAGGAGGACGCUUAUGAAGACGACUUUGAGUUUGAGGACGACUUUGAGAUUAGCGGUGGCGGCGGUGAUGUUUCGGAGGAGGAGGAGGGAGACGUCAAGUCAGGUGGCGGUAGCGGUGACAAAGGCCGGGAGUCACCCAUUAGCAGCAACGUUCCAUCAGAGUCGUUCCACUUUUCCCAGUCUUCCGACGGUGGCGGGCUUGACUUUGGCAACGGCGACGACAAACACGACCAGCAACAGCACAGCAGCGAUGAUGACGACGCACUGUGGUGAUUGCAUGGACAGGCAGUGAGCCGCAAGCAAAAACGGGAAGGAUGGUUGGUUGAAAGCGUGGAAGCAAGUUGAGCAAACUUUGCCGUGGUGUGUAUGUGGUAGAAGAUUCGUAAGUGCAUUAAUAAAUUUCC